GUGUCAUAUUUUGCCUUUUUCUCCUCUCCUGCGGCUUCCAAUUAAUUUCCAGGGUUGUUUUAAUCAGGGUGAACAAAAGGCUCUUUGUGCCAGUCCCCCAGCAGCCUGGGAGCAGGGAAGGGGAAGAGCAGGGAUCUCUAAGAAUGCUGCUGAGCAAGGGCAGCCAGCUCAGGGGGAGAAUCCUCUCUUGCCCAACCCGUGGCCAGCAGGUUGCUCUGUUUUUAGACUGCCUGUUCUUCUCCCCUGCUCAAGAGAAGGCUGGGUGACUCCCAGGAAUGUGCCUGACCCAACACAAACAGCAGCUGGUGGGAAUCCUGGGAAUGCUGCAUUUCCCCAGGAUUAUUUCCUCUGCUGAUCCCCCAGUGCCUUGUGGCCACAGGCUCUGUGUGCUGCCCACACCCAGAGGGAAGUGAUUAAUCCACUUUCUCCUUGGUGCUGGAGCAUCUGGAUGCUUCCUGCAGGCCGAUGGGGACAUUGCCACCGAGUCACACAGGGAUUUAAGCUCAGGCUUAGUUUUGUUUGGAGAGAUUUAAAACAAUAUUUUUUUGAAAGCCUCCACUGCAUGGAGCCAAAAAGCAGCUCCCACUGGAGUAUCUGUGAACUGGAGCCUCCAGAAAUACCACAGGACACUUCCCCCAGCCUAGGAAGGGCUCAGACAAGAGCCGUGGAUUUGAUCUUUGCUCUGUGUUGUGCAAGAGCUUGGCAUGGAAGCCGAGUUCCUGGGGCAUCACCUGUCUCACCUGGCAGAUAUCUCACUGGGACAGUGUCUUCCUCCUGCUGUAGGUCAUUCUGUCCUCUCUGGGCCACCAGGCCACCAGCCUUUCAUCCCACCCCUUAUCUGGGCGCUCUGGGGCCAGGCACAGUGCACUGGAUGAGCCAGGAAGUGCUUCCCGAAUCCAAAACGCACUUGCCAGGAGGCAGAAAUUCCUGUAGCUCUCCUCCAAACCUUGCUGGGCACUUGGGAGCACAUUGCCAAACCCUCCUGGUGUGUUUGUAAAACUGACCUGCUGCUUUCUGAAGGUUGAUGUGCCGGGAGGGCGUGGAGGGGUCUGACGUGACCACGGAGCAGAAACCUGAACAGAAAGAGGAGGAGGCAACAACAGUGGAAGCAAAAAUAUUUCAGGCUUGGAAACGUGCCAAGGACAACUGUUUGCAGGAAACAUUUCCAUUCCGGCAAGGUGUAGGGAGCUUUUUUGCUUUUCCCUGCAGCUAAUGACCUUGCAUUGGUGCGUGGCGGGGCCGGGGUCCCGCUGUCCCAUCUCUCAGUCGCAUCCCGGCUGGCAGUGGGAUGCACGGAGCCUCCGCAGCCUCCGGCGGUGCCAGGGGCAGGUCGGGCCGGGCCGGGCCAGCGGCGCGGUGCCAGCCCGGGCCGGUUCCUGUGCUUACGUGCCGCGGGCGUGUCCCUUAAAUCCCGCACGGGAGCGGCGCGGGGCGGGCGGGAGCCAGCGGAGCCCGGCGGAGCGGUGACAGCGGAGCAGAGAUGGCCUCGGUGGGUCCCUCUGCAGCCUCCACGCAGCCCGCCCUGCCCUCGGGACCCGCCGUCUUCAAAACCAUCCCCUACGCCUUCAUCCUGCCGGAGAUCGUCUGCGGGACCUGGGUGUGGAUCCUCGUGGCCGCUACCUCGGUCUCCUUGCCGCUGCUGCAGGGAUGGGUGAUGUACGUGUCCCUCACCUCCUGCCUCAUCUCCCUGCUGCUCCUCCUGAGCUACCUCCUCGGCUUCCACAGGAACAGCGAGAACUGGAAAGUGCUGGACAGUUUGUACCACGGCGCCACGGCCAUUCUGUACAUGAGCGCCGCUGUCCUGCAGGCCAACGCCACCAUCACCUCUGAGUUCGGCCCCAACGCGCCACUCAACUACCAGCUCAACUGCGCUGCCUCGUUCUUCGCCUUCCUCACAACCUUCCUGUACAUUCUCCACGCCUUCAGCAUCUACUACCAGUGAUCCUGGCAGCACCACGUUCACCUUCACAGGACGAGGGCUUUCCCAGUGUGAGAGGCCCUGCUGUCUUCCCAAGGUGUCCCUGCCCCAGCCCUGCCACCAGGCUCAGGAACAGCAGGUCCUUUUGCACUUCAUCACAGGAGGGAUUUUGCUGGGACAUUUCCUGCCUUGCUGGGGGCUACGCAAGGGGAGGGGCUGGGCACAGGCCCUGAGCCUCCAACUCUGACAUUCUGCCAAAUAUUGACACCAAGAGAAGGGGGGGGGGAAAAAAAAUCACUGUUCCUUCAGCAAACAAUCUCCUUUCAUAUGUUAUUUGCCUUUCUCUGGUUCAGCUCCAUCCCUCCCCAACACAAAUUCAUAACAAUCGUACAAGAUUGUGUUCCUUGACUUUCAGAUGGUUUCAUUUGGUAAAUGCUGUAUUUGGAAUAAAGUGUCAACUGACAGAUUGUGACU